UGGUUUGUAAACAAUCAUUCCUCCACAGAAGUAGACGAAGAAGAAGUAGGAGGGAAAAGAAGAAAAGCAGGAGACCUGGCGUAUUGGCGUAGAUUAAGCCUGCUCUUCUGAACAGAAUGCUGUUCGUUUUACAUUUUAUGGCUAACACAGAUUUUGCGAGCAUGUGGGAUCCUUCGCUUCCAAUAAUUUAAUUUCGUCCAGUUCAACAAACGAGCGAGUGAAUCUGGGAGCUGCACUACUGCACACCUUUGAGUAGCAGUAUGAUGCAGGCAGGAAUCUGUCUGAGACAGGACACUGAGCCAACACUACCAGAGUUCACUGAGGAGCACAGGAUGAGACAGAAAGAAGAGGAACUCAGUGGACUGGAGUCUGUCCACAUGGCAGAGUCCGAGACAGUGUGUGCUGCACCAGGACUCGACACACUGGAGCCAGAGUGUGUUACAGCACACAGUGGGGUCAGUGAUGUACACCACACACACACACCACUGAUUAAAACAGAAACUGAUCUGGGCUCCACCCACACUGGAGAUCUUUUUGAGACUGUGAACAUAGACAAUAAAGAGCUGCGAUAUGUAACCCGUCUACAGCCUGACCAAAUCAAAACCGAGACUGAUGAUGGAGGAUAUCUUAAGACAGAACACAGUGGUGACUUGCUGGAUAUUAAAUGUGUUAAUAUUAAAACGUGUGAAAUGAAGUGUGAAUCCAGUGAAAGUAUAGUGAGUGAUCUCAUGAAUACUGUGGUAAGUGAAGCUGCAGUUGAUCACAAAGACCAGAUUGAACCAUGGCAAUGUGCCGGAGAGUCAGAACCCAACUGUAAAAAAGAAAUUAAUGAUGUGCCUACCAAAUAUGUGGAUGUAAAUCAUCACUGUGAAAUGAUCACUGAAAGUAGUCAAACCAGAAUAGUCCAGAAGAUUACAAACAAUACCAACAAACAUAAUUUCCAGGGAAUGGAUGUGAUAAAUGAACACACAAAUAAUUCAAGUAAAAACCAAAUCCUAUCGAAUUUCCGUCAAAAAAAUAUAAUUUGUAGAAAUAAUGGUGCAACUAAUACUGGUGAAAAGCAUUUCAAAUGUUCUCAGUGUGAGAAGUGUUUUAUUACCAAAUCUGGUUUAAAAACACACCUGACAGUUCAUACAGGUGUUAAGCCCAACAAAUGUUCUCAGUGUGGGAAGUGCUUUUCCACUAUAUCUAAUUUAAAUAGACACCUGAGAAUUCAUACAAGUGAAAAGCCCUACACAUGUUCUCAGUGUGGGAAGUGCUUUGCCACAAUAUCUAAUUUAAGUGCCCACCAGAGAAUUCAUACAGGUGAUGAGCCCUACAAAUGUACUCAGUGUGAGAAGUGUUUUAAUUCCAAGUCUGGUUUAAAAAUACACCUGACAAUUCAUACAGGGGUAAAGCCCUACAAAUGUUCUCAGUGUGAGAAGUGUUUUUUCUCAACAUCUAAUUUAAAGGUCCACCAGAGAAUUCAUACAAGUGAUGAGCCCUACAAAUGUUCUCAUUGUGGGAAGUGUCUUUCCUCCAUAUAUUCUUUAAAUAACCACCUGAAAAUUCAUACAGGUGAAAAACCCUACAAAUGUUCUCAGUGUGUGAAGUGCUUUUCCACAAUAUCUCAUUUCAAUUCCCACCAGCGAAUUCAUACAGGUGAAAAGCCCUACAAAUGUUCUCAGUGUGUGAAGUGCUUUUCCUCAAUAUCGCAGUUCAAUUCCCACCAGCAAAUUCAUACAGGUGAAAAGCUUUUCAAAUGUUCUCAGUGUGAGAAGUCUUAUAUUACCAAAUCUGGUUUAAAAACGCACCUGUCAGUUCAUACAGGUGUUAAGCCCAACAAAUGUUCUCAGUGUGGGAAGUGCUUUAAUUACAAAUCUGGUUUAAAUAAACACCUGAGAGUUCAUACUAGUGAAAAGCCCUACAAAUGUUCUCAGUGUGGAAAGUGCUUUGCCACGAUAUCUAAUUUAAAUGCCCACCAGAGAAUUCAUACAGGUGAUGUGCCCUACAAAUGUUCUCAGUGUGAGAAGUGUUUUAAUUCCAUGUCUGGUUUAAAAACACACCUGACAAUUCAUACAGGUGAAAAGCCCUACAAAUGUUCUCAAUGUGAGAAGGGUUUUUCCUCAACAUCUAAUUUAAAGGUCCACCAGAGAAUUCAUACAAGUGACGAGCCCUACAAAUGUUCUCAUUGUGGGAAGUGUCUUUCCUCCAUAUAUACUUUAAAUAGCCACCUGAAAAUUCAUACAGGUGAAAAGCCCUACAAAUGUUCUCAGUGUGUGAAGUGCUUUUCCUCAAUCUCUCAUUUAAAUUCCCACAAGCGAAUUCAUACAGGUGAAAAGCCCUACAAAUGUCCUCAGUGUGGGAAGUGCUUUAAUUACACAUCUGGUUUAAAUAGACACCUGAGAAUUCAUACAGGUGUAAAGCCCUACAAAUGUUCUCAGUGUGGGAAGUGCUUUGGCUCAAUAUCUAAUUUAAAUGCCCACCUGAUAAUUCAUACAGGUGAUGAGCCCUACAAAUGUACUCAGUGUGAGAAGUGUUUUUAUACCAAAUCUGGUUUAAAAACACACCUGACAGUUCAUGCAGGUGACAAGCCCCACAAGUGUUCUCAGUGUGGGAAGUGCUUUAAUUCCAAAUCUAGUUUCAAUAGACACCUGAGAAUUCAUACAGGUGAAAAGCCCUACCAAUGUUCUCAGUGUGGGAAGUGCUUUUCCACAAUAUCUCAUUUCUAUUGCCACAAGCGAAUUCAUACAGGUGAAAAGCCCUACCAAUGUUCUCAGUGUGGGAAGUGCUUUCAUUCCAAAUCUACUUUCAAUAGACACCUGAGAAUUCAUACAGGUGAAAAGCCCUACCAAUGUUCUCAGUGUGGGAAGUGCUUUACUUCCAAAUCUAGUUUCAAUAGACACCUGAUAAUUCAUACAGGUGAUGAGCCGUACAAAUGUAUUGAGUGUGGGAAGGGUUUUAGUACAAAAUAUCAUUUAAAGACCCACCAGAUAAUUCAUACAGGUGAAAAACCCUACAAAUGUUCUGUGUGGGAAGUGUUUUUCCCAAAUAUGUAAUUUACAUAUCCACCUGAAAAUACAUGCUAGGAUAGGCUCCAGCACCCCCUGCGGCCCUCCUCAGGAUUAGCGGGUAUAGAUAAUGGAUGGAUGGAUUAAAAGCCCUACAAAUGUACAGAGUGUGGGAAGUGUUUUUUCCCCAAAGACAUUCUUUAAAUUUCCACAAGAUGAUUUAUACAGGUGAAAAACCCUUCAAAUGAAUUCAGUGUGGCAGGUGUUUUAAAUUACCUUAACCGGAUUCAUUCAGAUGAAAAGCCUUAUAGUGGUAUUUUGUGUGUGAAGUGCUUUUCCAGAACAAGCUUUUUAAAAUGCAUGAAGUUAAUUCAUACAUGUGAAAAGCCAUGAACAUGUAUUCAGUGAGGGAACUGAUUUUUCUUUAACAUGUGCUUUGCAUCCCUACAGCAUGAUGUUGCAGGUGAAUAGGCCCGCAAUUAGCGCAGUCAGUGUGGGAAAUGUUUUAAUGCAAAAUAUAAUUCGGAGACUUCACACAGAUGAACAGCCCUGUAAGUGUACAUAGAGCAGAAAACAUAACUGAACUUUCUGCCAGAGAAUUCAUACAGGUGUAAUUCCCUACAAACAUUUUUUAGUGUGGGAAGUGUUUUUGACAACACAAGCUUUAACAUGCCACAAGGUCUAUAUACAGGUAAAAUGCCCAAUGUAAAAAAAUAAAAAGAAAAAAUAAUAAUGAUUUUUUUUUUUUUUUUUUUAUAUAUCAACAUUGGCUGCUAAUUUUUUAUUUUUAUUUUUUUUUAACAAAUUUCUUUACAAAUUUGUAAAAUAAUAUUUGUUUACACAUGCAUAUGGGUUUUUCCACUAAUGUUUUCUCUUAUUAUUAUGAACCUUUAUAAUUUCAGGCCACAUUAUUUAAUUGAAUCUAGCCUAUAUAUAAAAAUUUCCGGAAGUUAAAUUAUUCUGGUGAGAAACCACACAGCUUUUAUACAAGCUGGUGGGACUUUUCCACAGAGCCUUGUUCUCAACGCGCCACAAUAGGGUACUGACUCCUCAAAUAAACUUUCAAAUUUAGGAUUUUUACCAGUAAGUUUUCAAGUGGAACUUUGCACUUGUAAUUAAUUCUUUUUGUGACCUGCCUUCUGUAACAAACCUUUCCUGCUGUAUAGUCGCACAGUAUAUCAUUGCCCUGUGAUUUUCCUUGGUGAUUGUAUUUUUGAGAGGCAUUUGAAACCACAAUAGCUGAGGCAAACUGGAAUCCCAUUUUCUUUAAUAACAAGUGUUUCACCUUUUUAUUUUUUAGAAAAAGUAAUUUCCCUUGGAGUCCAAUUGUUGAUAUAUUGUGAUGAUGAAACUGACACCAGUGUACCUUGUUUGAACGACACAAUGUGAAAACUCUUUGCAUAUACUGCUGUAAGAAACAUGGUUGUGUGUCUUGCCAACAUAUAUCAUAAAACAUACUUAACGGUAUUGGCUUUUUUUUUUUUUAAUUUUUUUUUUACUGCCAAUGUAGAGGCUGUAAUGUGUUAAUGAAUUUAGUUUUAGUUCCUGCUGUGCAUUCCUGAACACUUACUGUAUAUGAAUUGUGUAUGAAAUAAAUUUACAUUGUGAAUGUAAGCAUACCAUGUUAUGUAAAUUUCUGUAUGAAUUGUCUCUUUAUCUAGCCUGUACGGGUCAUUGCUUUCUGCUUUACCACCCCUGUUUGUAAAUGUCGUUUAAUUCCUGCUUUACAUUCCUCCUGUCAGCAAGGUGAGGAUUAAUUGAAAUGUUUAAUUUUCUGA